GGCGGCGAAGAAACCCAGACUGGAAAAGGCCAUCCGACAAGGUUGCUUUUUCUGGCCACACAGCAACUGCCAGGCACGCGGUGCUGCAUCUCCUCAGCCCACUCUGCUUUGUGGAAGGGGGACUGGCAGGAGCGCUUGGUGUUGCCACGAAAACAAAGGCGAGGAGAAGGGCGGGCGUGCAAGGGAGAGAGAGAGAGAGAGAGGCUCUGAGCAGUUUGGCUCUGCACCUCCGGGAAGCAAAGCUCAUCUCCUUGGCAAGAAAGGGAAGGGGGGCCCGGGCGUCUGGGAGGAGGCGCAGGAGGGAGCGGGUUUCCCUGCGGAGACCAGGACGCGGCAGAACUCUGGACAGCGCCUCGCCAGCCAGCCAGCGGCACUGGGAGCUCCCUGCUGCCCCAGGUUUCCUGCUCCUUUUUGGAAACCCCUGCGACCUGUUUCCUCUCCCCUCUUGGAGUCAGACCACGGAUCCUUGCUUCCACCAUCCCUGUCUGAAGGAGGCUCCGGAGCGGAGCGGUUCUUUUGCCUGUGGCCCGGUCAAGGAAGCGGGUCUCGGGUGCUGGGAACGCAGUCCCUGUGGAUAGUGCUCGGCUGGUGAAGAAGGAAAAGUUUUGGGGUCGGGGAGGGGGGAGGAAAGGAGGGAAGAGGAGGAGAGAGGAAGAAAGAAGGCGGAUGGUCAGUUUCCCACGCUGAUCUGGAAGGAACGAUGACCGAGGAAGGAUGUGCACCAGCGGCCAGAUCAUCGGGAGCCUCCUGGUGCUGUCCGUGCUGGAGAUAGGGCUGGGGGUGUCCAGCGUGGCCGUGGGGGCGGUCAGCUUCAGCCUGGCCCUCCGGCAGCACAAGCCGCAGCUCGGAGACUCGUCCCCGGUAUGGAGCGGGGUGUGUUUUCUUCUUUGUGGCAUAUGUGGAAUAUUGUGCGCCAAAAAAAAGUCUGGACUUAUCAUGAUCCUCUUUUCCGCCUGCUGCAUCUGCGGCCUCAUCGGGGGCAUCCUGAACUUCCAGUUCCUCCGGGCCGUGACCAGAAGGACGUCUUCCCUGUACCCGCUGCACGUGGCCUCCAUGUCCCUGGCGUGCAUCGGGAUCGGGGGCUGCACCCUCUCCUCCUGGCUCACCUGUCGGCUGGCCAGUUAUGAACAGAGGAGGAUGUUCUCGGAGAGGGAGCACUCCCUGCACCACUCCCAUGAGAUGGCUGAGAAAAGAUUGAGGGCUAUUGAAAUAACCGACUUGCCCAGCUGCCCGGUGGUGCCCCCGACACCAGAGUUACCUACAAGGAAAUGACAGACAACAUGAGCAAUGGAGGACCACACCUGAUAUUUAAUGGAAGAGUAUAAUUAAUGUUUUAAAGGACUGAACAAUUUUUUUAGGAUUUUCACGAGGCAAGGAAAUACCAAAGGACUAGGAGAUAAAACUGAAACAGUUCUUGCGUUUGCUGUUAUCUCUCCUGAGCACCCACUAAAAUUAUUCUUUCUCUAUUUUGCCUCACUUGUGUCUUCAGGGUUUUUUUGUUUGUUUGUUUGUUUUUUAGGGGGAAACUUUCCAGAAAUGUUCUAAUACAGAUAGUCCUAAAAAAGACUCUUCGGGGGAAGAGGAAAAGAUAAAACUGAAAGAUUCCUCUUCUAUACAAACAUUAUUUGACUAGCAUGAGUGUUAGAUUUGUUAUCACCUAUCUCAUAUAAGUAUUCAAAAAAGUGCAAGUAUAAAAAAUAACAAUAACUGUUGACGUCUUUGUUUUGAAAGAUAGUGGCUUCAAGAAAGCCAUGAUUCAAAACCUCAACAAUGCCUUGUUGUAAAAACAUUGUUAUUAUUUUCAACUUGUGAAUGAACUAUAUUUCAUAAUUUAUUUGUAAAUUACAAAACAAUGUAAACCAUAAAAAAGAUUUUUUUUAGAGAGAGAACACUAAUCUGUAUGAUAUUUUUGCAUUUUUGCACAAGAGUGAAAAGUUGUAAUUAAAUAUCAUUUAAGGCAAAUAAUCAUGUAUUGAUCAUACUGUGCAGAUUGAUCUGCAUGUUCAUGAAUGAGCCUAAGAACAAAACAAACUAUGUGUGUGUAUGUGUGUAUAUAUUCUGUAAAUAUUGAAAAUAUAUACAGCACAUAUGUAUAGCAUCAUGAAUGUAAGUAGGUAGUAGAAAAGAAAUUGUGAUAUCUUGGGAUGUUAUCAAGAUUCCAUUCCUACAGAGAUGGAAAAGCAAUUGUUCAAGGCUUUUCUAUACCCCCAAAUCAUAUUUUAAUUUCUACUUUAUUGGUUCAUUUUCAUUCUUUUUAUUAUGUCUGCUGUAAAAAUUAUUGCAGUUGAGAUUUAUAGGGUUGAGUGAUCUGAAUAGUGUAAUAUAAAGAUAAAUUACUUAGUUAUUUGGCUAUUUUAUUAUGGUAUUUAUGUGAUGGCAAUUAUUAAUAUUUAUUUAUAAACAUAACUUUAAAUUAUAUACUGCCACAUAAUUACUUUUGAUUAUUAUUGGUAUUUACAUUUUAAACAUUUUACAGCCCAAUUAUAUUAUAUAAAAGGAUGGGAGAAGUAUGCCCAAAUGAUGAAGUCACCAUUAGCUUUGCUAUAAUUUAAUUUAGUGUUUUGUUUGCUUUAUAAUUCUAGAAUAAUACAGACAAGCCAUUUUUAAGAAUGCGUAUCUUCAAAGAAUCUGAAAGACUUAUCUGUAGGAGAAAAUAAAAGUAUAGGCUCACAUUUACGUAGCAAGAUUCAAUACUUCCAUGAUGGAAUGUUAAAAUAGCAACCUGAGACAAUAGGUAUAGGCAAGAAAAUAGCAUGGUUUUUGAUAAUAUUUAUAAGAACAUAACCUCUGGCAGCAGAUAAAGAACUCAUAUUUUAAAAUAUAUAACUCUGACUGUAUUGCAUACUUUUAUUUUUCCCCAAAGCUAAUACAUUUUCAACUGAUUUUUUUAUGACUUGCCUACUGAACCUUAGGUAAAGUAACACCUUUAAUAGCUAGUAUGAGGACAUAUAACUUAGAAGCAAAAUAUGGGUAUUAAUUGUGCUAAGAAAUAAUAAUUCCCGCUAAUGGAAAUCUGAGGGUCUUUUAGUUUUAGAGCAACCUAGUCAUCACCAUAUUUCAAUCAGCUCAUUAAAAAUUUCUGGCUGUAUCCAGUCAAAAGAAAUAACUGGACUAUGGCUGUAGUGUAGUUUUUGAACUCUCCCAACUCAUUUGGAUAAUUCAUUAUCCAGUAGAUUAUAGAAGUUGCCAUAAAUGCAACCUCACAUGGUGAAUCAACAUCAGCACUGUUCAUUGGAUGCCACAAGCAGGCAUGAUCUUCGUUUCUGGAAAGAUCUAAACUAUACAAUGCAGAUAUUUUGUGUAUAUGUGGUCCUACUGAAUUUAUCCAAGGAUGCACUGAAAAAAUAAUCACCAACUCUAACUUCAGGUUACAUUUCCUCAUAGACAUGUUUGCACAAUACACAGUUAUAAUACAUCAGUAAGAUCUUUUAUUGCCUUUGAAAUAAUUUAUGAAAUCACACUUAAAGGACAAAAGUAGGCAUCCCACUGCUUUGACAUAGAAUUAAGGAGAAAUACAAUCAUCACAAUUUUCCAAAUAGCCUACGGUGUAUUUAACCAAGUAGAGCUAUAUCUUUAAAUGUAAGUUAUUUUAACCCACCAUUUUCAGGCUCAGUUACUUAGAGUGAUAUAUUUGGGAUGUAUAGUAAUACUUUUUGAGAUAGGGGAGAUUAGGGAGACAUUGUUGCAGUACUUGAACAUUUAAUUUUUACAAAAUAAUGAACUAUGAACUAGAGCAUUUUUAAGUGACUGCAUUACAGCUUUAGUAUGAGCCUUCCCUGGGGAAAAAGUAAUGGGAUCCUAAAAUAGAAAAAAAGUAUGUGAAAUUAGUGUGGUGGUGUAGAGACUAGCUACAAAAGGUGCAGUUAUAAGCAUAGAAGAUUAAAAGUGGACUCGUCUUGAAAUUUUUUAACCAUAUGUGUGUGUGUAUGUGUACACACCUACACACAAAUAUUUACAAUUGUUUAAAAGUAGAACAUGGUAUGAUGACUCUAUUGAUAUGUCUAUGUAAUAAAAAUUGUGUCUUUUGAAACUA